CCUAUUUCCUCUCUUCUCUGUUCUCUUUCCGUCGGCCCUCUCUCAGCCUCUCUGGCUCUCUUCCCUCUCUCCGGCGGCCGGCGUCAACGGCGGUGGAGAACGCAGGUGGAGGCGAAGCCGGCUUUCUCUCCUAGCGCCUCGAGGUCAGCUGGGUCGUGCAUGCGUGAGGUUGUAUCUCCAAUAUCUAUGUAUUCAUGGACGCGGGCAAGCUAGGCAAUGGGAGAGUGCACACGACGGGAGCCCCGGCAGCGAGCAUGGCCGCGACGGCGGUAGCAGCAGCAAGGAGGGGGGAAGGGAAGGUGGCGCUGGUUGCGGGUGCGACGGGGCUUGUGGGCCGGGAGCUAGUGAGAGCUCUGCUCCUCCCCAGCUCUGCAUGGAAGCUGGUGUAUGGCGUUGCUCGCAGGCCCCCGGAUGACGCCGACGAUGACGGUGAUAAUGAACGGUACCGGUUUCUGGCGUGCGACAUGCUCGACCGUGGGGAGACGAUGGAGAUGCUGUCGCCGCUGGCGGAGCAGGUGACGCACGUAUUCUGGGUGACCUGGGCGAGCCAGUUCCCCCUGGACACCCAGGAGUGCUGCGACCAGAACCGUGCCAUGCUCUCCAACGCCCUCGACGCCCUCCUUCUCCCUGUCCCCAGCCCUGCCAUCGCCCACCUGGCCCUGCAAACGGGCACCAUGCACUACGUCUCCGUCAAGCAGGCCGGCGGCGGCGGCUGCCAUGUUUAUUACGAGGAGGAGAGCCCGCGGGUGGGAGAGGAGGUCCGCAACUUCUACUACGCGCUGGAGGACCUCGUCAAGGACCGGCUGGGAGGUGGAAGCGACGGCGGCGGCGGCGGGAGGAGGAUCGCCAGAUGGUCGGUCCAUCGCCCGGGGCUGCUGCUGGGCUCCUCCCAGCGGUCCCACUUCAACCUGAUGGGGAGCCUUUGCGUGUACGCCAGCAUCUGCAGGCACCUGGGCCUCCCCUUCUACUUUCAUGGCCUCAGGCGUUGCUGGGAGGAGCCCUACAUGGAUGCCUCCGAUGCCCGGCUCGUCUCUAAACAGCAUCUUUGGUGGGCAUCGGUGGCAUCCGCUUCGUCGUCGUCGUCACCAUCAUCAUCAUCAUCAUUAGCAGCAGCUGCAGCAGAAGCAGACUGCCAGGCUUUCAAUGCGGUGAACGGCACCGCCUUCACAUGGAAGGAGGUCUGGCCGGCGCUGGCGGCCAAAUUCGGGCUUCCCUUGCAGGCUGAUGGCGGUGACGAGUUGGUGUCGGAGGAGACGAGCUACAGCAGGCUGAUGGGGGACAAGGGAGCGGCGUGGGAGGAGAUUGUGGCCAAGGAGAGUGAUCUGCGCCCCACCCGGAUGGACGACCUCGCCAACUGGGCCUUCCUCGACACCGUGUUCCGCUUCCCAGCGAAGAUGCUGGCCAGCUCCGGCAAGGCCCGCCGCCUCGGCUUCACCGCCACCUACACCACCUUGGAAUCUCUGCUCUACUGGGUAGACCGCAUGCGAGAGGAACGCCUCAUCCCUUCUUACUGAUUAAACUUUUCAUUGGAUUGGUUUCCUUUUAGUUAUCGAUCGUUCAUUCGUGUUAAAUCUGAUUCCAACUCCGGCCACCUUUCACCACCCUAGUCGGCAAAGGGUCUUCGAGACUUUGUGAGUCUCGAAGAAUACUUACAAAUGCCAAGAUAUAUCAUGUAUUAUGACUUUAUCAAGUAUUUUUAUCUUGUUGUUCGAGUCAUGCUAACAGCA